GCUUCUCGCACCCUGAGCAAGUGCUGAAACCAGUCUGUGACUCUGGGAGCCCCCUUUCCCGGGCCCUGAGACCUGAGGGCAGGGAGCCAGUGGCGCGCACGAGGGGCCCCAUGGACCUGCCCCCGCAGCUCUCCUUCGCCCUCUACAUGGCCGCCUUCGCCCUGGGCUUCCCACUCAACGCCCUGGCCAUCGCAGGCGCCGUGUCCCACGCCCGGCUGCGCCUCACCCCCAGCCUGGUCUAUGCCCUCCACCUGGGCUGCUCUGACCUCCUGCUGGCGACGUCUCUGCCCCUGAAGGCGACGGAGGCCCUGGCCGGGGGAGCCUGGCCCCUGCCAACCUCACUCUGUCCUGCCUUCGCCCUGGUCCACUUCGCUCCGCUCUACACGGGCGCCGGCUUCCUGGCCGCCCUGAGCGUCGGCCGCUACCUGGGAGCCGCCUUCCCCUUGGGCUACCAAGCUGCCCGGAGGCCGCGCUAUUCCUGGGGCGUGUGUGUGGCCAUAUGGGCCCUUGUCCUCUGUCACCUGGGGCUGGUCUUUGGGUUGGAGGCUCCGGGAGGCUGGCUGGACAAUACCACCAGCUCCCUGGGCAUCAGCACGCCAGUCAACGGCUCUCCGGUCUGCCUGGAGGCCUGGGACCCGGCCUCGGCGGGCCCUGCGCGCUUCAGCCUCUCUCUGCUGCUCUUUUUUCUGCCCCUGAUCAUCACGGCCUUCUGCUACGCGGGCUGCCUCCGGGCGCUGGCCCACUCAGGCCUGAGCCACAGACGGAAGCUAAAGGCGGCCUGGGUGGCUGGCGGGGCUCUGCUCACACUACUGCUCUGCUUGGGACCCUACAAUGCCUCCAACGUGGCUGGCUUCCUGCACCCCAGCAUCGGAGGCUGCUGGCGGAAGCUGGGGCUCAUUACAGUGGCCAUGACCAUGAACACCAGCUCAGACCGGUCCUUCUUCCCCGGCAAUCACUGGCUCUACUUCUCCGUGUACCUCUUCACCUUCCUCUUGGGGCUUCCCCUCCACCUGGUGGCCCUGGUGAUCUUCGUGGGCAAGCUGCAGCGCUGUCCGGUGGCCGUGGACAUGCUCUCGCUGAACCUGACCUUAUCGGACCCGCUCCUGUUGCCCUUCCUGCCAUUCCGCGUGGUGCAGGCAGCGAGCGGCACGCGCUGGUCCCUGCCCUUCAUCUUCUGCCCCUUCUCCAGAUUCCUCUUCUUCACCACCAUCUAUCUCACGUCCCUCUUCCUGGCAACUGUGAGCGAUGAGCGCUUCCUGAGCGUGGCCUACCCAGUUUGGUACAAGACCCGGCCAAGGCCGGGACAGGCUCGCCUGGUCAGCGGGGCCUGCUGGCUCCUGGCCGCUGCUCACUGCAGUGUGGUCCAUGCCAUUGAAUUCUCGGGGCGCUCCUCCCCCACCCAGGGUAUCAACGGGACCUGCUACCUGGAAUUCCGGAAGGAUCAGCUGCCGGCCUUUCUCCUGCCUGUCCAGCUGGAGAUGGCUGCGGUCCUUUUUGGGGUGCCCCUGCUCAUCACCAGCUACUGCUGUAGCCGCCUGGUGUGCAUACUCGGUAAGGGAGCCAGCCAGCGCCGGCGGAAGAGGCUGGCAGUCGCAGCGGCCAUGCUGCUCAACUUCCUCGUCUGCUUUGGGCCCUACAACAUGUCCCAUGUUGUGGGCUACAUCCAGGGUGAAAGCCCCAAGUGGAGAAGUUACGUGCUGCCCCUCAACACCCUGAAUUCCUGUGUUGACCCCCUUGCCUACUAUCUCUCAUCAUCUGGGUUCCAAGCUGACUUCCGGGGGCUGCUGGGGAGGCUGACUGGAGCCUGUGGCCCUUGGUGGCAGGAAGGCAGCGUGACACUGCAGAGUGAAGGAGAGGGGCCACCGCAGGAGCUGUCUAACAUAGAGGCCAGGUAG